AUGAGUGUCGCCAAUGGGACGGAGACGCCGGGCGACGUCAUCAGAGCCGGAGACAGCGAUGUCGAGAGCGACUACGAGCCCGAGACCGAGCAGGAGCAAGUUCCAGAACCCGUUGUCGAGCCAGCAUGGGAGUCUUGCCGGCGUCAGUCAACGAAUGCGUCGCAGGACUUGGAUAGCCAGCCGUCAACAUCUGGUCACAAACGGCCACACGAUGAGGUCGAGCAGGCCGAGUCUCACAACACUUCGCCAGCUGCCACCAUGCACGAGCAUGUCCCCUUGCGCCGUUUGAAGCAGGCCAGGCGGAGCACAUCACCUUCGAACCACACUCAUCGAGGCUCCGAGGAAGGCGAGGCUGAUGAGUCUGAAUCCGACACCAAUCCUCGCGCUGCGUUGGAGAAAGGCAAAGUCGUUGCUCUGGCCAGCCCGGCAGAGACGACAACCUCCCCCGCUCUCCCUGUGGCAUCAGCUUCUCCUGCUUCGGCACCGAACAGGGGUCCGACGUCAGGUCAUACGACGGACCAGGCCGAGCUUGACGAACUCGAAUCUUUCGCUGGAGCCACCAUGCCUAGUCAAUCCCCCACCUACACGACAGGCUCAUUAUCACUGGAUCUGCCUGUACUUUCUUCAAAGAAGCAAGGCUCGUGGCCUGCCAGAUUCAAGGACUGGGUCCAGGUACUUUGCAAGCAUAAUCUGCACAACAUCUCCGCAAUCACGCCUGCAGUGGCGACGGAUGCCUUUGCAUGCUACAUUGAUUCUCAUAGUGGCCUGCGAGAGACGAAGAAGAAGGCAUCAAAGCAAGCGGCCAAGAAUUUGCUAGUUGCUGGUACCACACAAACCAUAAUCGAAGAAAUCAAGUCUUGGACGGAUGCGGGUUCGCAACAACCAACCGUUGAGCCAUCGGCCAAGUUGAAUUUAGCGACACCGCCAACGAGAACGCAGGAUACAAACGACGGCUCAGCAGAGGAGGGCGAGGUCUCUAGCAACGACAGCCAACCAAAGCCAACUCAGACGAAACACUCGACACAAAAUGGCGACACGUCCAUAAUCAGAGAAGGUGUUCCAACUGGUGCAGAGGAGCUCGAGCAACAGCGGAGAUACUUUCCCUCUGCUGCCGAUCCAAGCGUUAUGUGUCUCUUAUGUGGAAACGAAGGCCACAGGGCAGUUCAUUGCUCUCGCGCCAAAUGCAGAUUCUGCCAAAGCUUUGACCACUGGGACUUUUGCUGUCCCAGUAUUCGAAAACGAUGCGACAAGUGCCGUCAACUGGGCCACCAAGCUACCGCUUGUGUUGAAAAGCUGGCAAUAACGGCGGACGAGGGUCUGGCUUGCCUCUACUGCAAGUCUUCUGAGCAUUUGGAGGACAGCUGCACAGAUAUCUGGCGAUCGUUUCACCCGGAAGAACAAACGGUACACACGGUAGUGUAUCUCCCCAGCUCGUGCGCAGUGUGUGGUGGCAAAGAUCACCUUUCGGGGGACUGCAGACAGCGAAGGGGAGUUUGCGCCAACCCUACCUGGUCCCUACAAAAUCGAAGCCUCUACAUGGAUUCCAGGUGUGGCACAUUGUCGAUCGAGGAUGCUGCCAACCCCGAAGGCAAUAGGAAGUCAUUGCGGGCCCCUGAAACCAAGAUUCGCGGCCACGCUGCACGGACAGCCAAUAUCCAUUACUCAGAGAGUGAGGACUCUGACGUGGAGUUCCUCGGCAGGAAGCUGUCGAAAGCACCAAAGGGGGGCGUCGCUUUCAACCACUUGCUGGCCAACCACCGCUCCCACCGGGACCGCCACCGUCAGGACCGCCGAGGGGAGGUCAGUCCAGCAGAUAUCCCCCUCCGCCUGGAGCCCGAGGUUACCAAUCCCAAUCCCCAGCCCCUCCCCCUUUUCUUCCGACCAAGCCUCCCCCAUCAACGCGAAGCUAUCACCACCUGCCACCACCACCACCACCACCUCCUCCUCCUCCCCAGUCAAUCAACGCGAAUCGGUCCAGAGAUGGACACGGCAAUCAAGGCGGGCGGGGUGGGAGGGGCGGUAGUACUAGUGGUGGAGGAGGAGGUGGAAGAGGGGCGCGAGGCCUAA